CUGCACCUCCCUUUCUCGCCCCUUCCGUUUCUUGUCUACCCCCCAACCCCCAAUGGGGCAUAGUGGGGCCAGGCGACCGCAGUCAGGUGGGGAGUUGAGCUCUGCCUGGACGUUUGCUCCGCUGUCUGCCUCCUUCCCAGCCUUCUGCAGAAGAGAGAAAUAAGGUCAAACAAACUUUCUCCCUGCUCACGACGCCCUCCUCCCUCUUUCCUGGUAAAAUAAUAAUUCAGAUAAGUGGCGUGUUUGUGUGUGAGACUGGCUCUUCCUUCUCUGCUCAUUAGCCUAGCUUCUGAUGGAUGGUGGCAGGAAUGGCCUGGCUAAAUGAGGCCACUUUGCGGGAGAGAGCCGAGAAAGAGCCACUAAGAUAGACAAUAACAAUGCAGCCCAGCCUCUCAAAUAAACACACAGUGUGAAGUUUCCAGUUUGCCUGUUUGAGGAGAGGAAAACCCACACUUGAAAAUUUUUAUCCUUUUUGUUGAAAGCCUGCAGCAAUUGCUUUAUAACAAGACCCCGAAUGGAUCUGGAUGUAAAAGGAUUAUGUCUACUUUGAGAAUUCCUCCAGCAACCCAUACCUAAUCAGAAGGAUAGAAGAACUCAACAAGACUGCAAGUGGCAACGUGGAAGCAAAAGUGGUCUGCUUUUAUAGACGACGUGAUAUUUCCAACACGCUUAUAAUGCUUGCAGACAAGCAUGCUAAAGAAAUUGAGGAAGAAUCUGAAACAACAGUUGAACCAGACUUGACUGAUAAACAGAAACAUCAGUUGAAACACAGGGAACUCUUUUUGUCUCGACAGUAUGAAUCUCUGCCUGCAACACAUAUCAGGGGAAAAUGCAGUGUUGCCCUUCUGAAUGAGACAGAAUCUGUAUUAUCAUAUCUUGAUAAAGAGGAUACCUUUUUCUACUCACUGGUCUAUGACCCCUCAUUGAAAACAUUAUUAGCUGAUAAAGGUGAAAUCAGAGUGGGACCCAGAUAUCAAGCAGACAUUCCAGAAAUGCUUGUAGAAGGAGAAUCAGAUGAGAGGGAACAGUCAAAAUUGGAAGUUAAAGUUUGGGACCCAAAUAGCCCACUUACAGAUCGACAGAUUGACCAGUUUUUAGUUGUAGCACGUGCUGUUGGGACAUUCGCUAGAGCCCUUGAUUGCAGCAGUUCUGUGAGGCAGCCUAGUUUGCAUAUGAGUGCUGCUGCAGCUUCCCGAGACAUCACACUGUUUCAUGCUAUGGAUACAUUGUAUAGACACAGCUAUGAUUUGAGCAGUGCCAUUAGUGUCUUAGUACCACUUGGAGGACCUGUUUUAUGCAGAGAUGAAAUGGAAGAAUGGUCAGCCUCUGAAGCUAGCUUAUUUGAAGAGGCACUGGAAAAAUAUGGCAAAGACUUCAAUGACAUACGUCAAGACUUUCUCCCUUGGAAAUCAUUGACUAGCAUCAUUGAAUAUUAUUACAUGUGGAAAACUACUGACAGAUAUGUGCAGCAGAAACGUCUAAAAGCAGCAGAAGCUGAGAGUAAACUGAAACAAGUAUAUAUCCCAACUUACAGCAAACCAAAUCCCAACCAAAUAUCCACCAGCAAUGGCAAGCCUGGUGCUGUGAAUGGAGCCGUGGGGGCCACGUUCCAGCCUCCGAAUCCCCUUUUAGGGCGAGCCUGUGAGAGCUGCUAUGCUACACAGUCGCACCAGUGGUAUUCUUGGGGCCCACCUAAUAUGCAGUGUAGAUUAUGUGCAAUUUGUUGGCUUUAUUGGAAAAAAUAUGGAGGCCUGAAAAUGCCCACCCAGUCAGAAGAAGAGAAGUUAUCUCCUAGCCCUACUACAGAGGACCCCCGUGUUAGAAGUCAUGUCUCCCGCCAGGCCAUGCAGGGGAUGCCAGUCCGAAACACUGGGAGUCCAAAGUCUGCAGUGAAGACCCGCCAAGCCUUCUUCCUUCAUACUACAUAUUUCACAAAAUUUGCUCGUCAGGUCUGCAAAAAUACCCUCCGGCUGCGGCAGGCAGCAAGACGGCCGUUUGUUGCUAUUAAUUAUGCUGCCAUUAGGGCAGAAUAUGCAGACAGACAUGCUGAGCUAUCUGGAAGUCCACUGAAAAGCAAAAGCACUAGGAAACCUUUGGCAUGUAUCAUUGGGUAUUUAGAGAUCCAUCCUGCGAAGAAACCUAACGUAAUUCGAUCUGCACCAAGCCUGCAAACGCCAGCUACCAAGCGGAUGCUAACCACUCCGAAUCACACGUCUCUGAGCAUUCUGGGGAAAAGAAACUACAGUCAUCACAAUGGUCUGGAUGAACUCACGUGCUGUGUGUCAGACUGAGCUACCCCUGUCUCAUCCUACAAUCCAAGACUUGCUACACUGUCCUGCUGAUGUUCACAGUUGUGCCUGGGAAGGAGGCAGCCCCACUCCCAGUACAUUUCAGGGGGAGGCCUCCACAUGCGCCCCAUGGGGCAGGGGAAGAAACUGCAGGAGUUCACGUUCCAAAAGCUGUGUCUCCAUGUGUGAAUCAGUGGCACCUUGCUUCCUUCUCAGAGACCACAGGGCGGGACCUGGCUGAGAAUUGAGGGGCUGAGGGAGCCACUCUGCCGCCUCCCUUCUGCAGCACCCUGCACUCCAGGAUCAGUGGCUCCUUGGACGGUGGGGGCUGCUGCGAGCUCAGAGCCACCGCUGCCCUGCAUGUGUCAGCUCCGCUCUGUCUUGUGCUGUGUAGUUAUGUACAGGAGGGAUAUGGCAUCUUUCUGAAUGGGUUUUUCUUAAGAAAUGUGCCAGUGUUUAUGCAGUUCCUGUUAUUUCCCUACCCUUGCUGUUACCAUCACUCGGCUUUUUCUCAUUAGGCUUCGUGCUUUUUUUUUUUUAUUAAUGGGGGGAUUUUGCUUUUAUCCCCUGCAUCCUAUAUUUGCUCCCCUUCUCCCAUUCCUGCAAGGUGUAGAAUUACCUGAGGUUCUGAAGAAAGAUAAGAUAAUCAUCUGUGGGGAGCGUGUAAA